AUGAAUAUUGAUGAACCGUAUAUUCACUACUCCAGAUAUGCUCAGAAUAUUGCACUUGCCGGUUUUUUCCUAACAACUUUCUUAUGUUCCCUUCUCGUUUAUCUGACAAUAUUUGAAAUAACUCGUAACUUUGGAAGUUAUAAAAACCUACUGGUAACAUUUGCGAGUUUUGGAAUAUUUUUUGCUUCAACGGAGGUUGUUCUAAAAUUGAAUGUCUACUCUCACAAUGCUGGCUGGAUUUUUUAUGCCAUCAGUCGCCCAUUCGACCUGAGUACGUCUUUUAUGAAUUGGUUGUUACCUUUAUAUACGGGGAGCUAUUCCCUAACAACAUCCAUGUUGUCUGUACAGUUUGUGUACCGGUAUUGUGCACUUUUUCACGAAUCCAAACUCCGAUUUUUUGGAGGAUGGAGAUUCCUUAUUUGCAUAUUCUUCGCUCUUCUAUUUGCUAUUCAAUGGGCGAUGGGAAUGCAUUACUUCCUUGAGUUUGAUGAUUAUUCCAUUAGCUACUUUAGAAUCGAAAUGCUUGAAAAAUAUAACAUGGAUAUUUCUGAAAUAGCAGGGGUAGCUCUAGUAGUUUACGACGCAGAUGGUUCUAUCAGGUGGUGGAAUGUUUUAUGCACCUUGAAUAUGACAUUUAUUAUGUCCGUACAGUAUACUAUAAUAAUAUACUGUGCGGUUAGAAUGUACUUAAACAUGGAAACCAAGCUUCAAUUACUAUCUUCAACAUUGAGAAUUCAACAUAAACAAUUUUAUAAAACACUGAUUCUUCAAGUUGUAACACCAACUUUUACUUUGUUCUUACCAAUUAUGAUGGUCAAUAAUCUUCCAUUUUUGAAUCUUCAUUUCGAUUUCCCUAGUGGCAUAUUUACAUCUGGACUCGUUUUGUACCCAGCUCUGGAUGCGUGUAUAGUAAUGUAUGUUGUGCAGGACUAUAGAAAAGCUAUAAGAAAUGUUUUCAAGAAAAGUGUCGAUAAGAUACAAUUUACAGUGACUUGGACUCAGAAUACUACAACUGUGAAUGUUCAAAAUGCAGUGUUGUUCUGA